AUGUUAAUGAUGAUGAUGAUGAAAAACAAGGGGUGCAAGGCGCUGGCUGUGGUGGCUCUUUUUCUUGCCUCGGCUAAUUGCCUGCUCCCUCCCACCAAUGAACAUCUCAAGCAGAUUUCCCUCGAGGGAGAGAAGUACCUGAAUGUACAAAUUGAGAACGCCAUUAAUGGAGUCAAGGAGAUGAAGAAUAUGAUGCAGAAAUCUUCAGAAGACCACAAGAAGGUUUUGGAUGAGCUGGAGAAAACCAAACAGAAGAAAGAGGAGGCCAUGCUGGCUGCUCAGGAGAUGGAGGCCAAGCUGGGGGAGCAGGAGGAGGUCUGUAACGAGACUAUGAAAGCUCUGUGGGAGGAAUGUAAACCAUGUCUGAAGAAAACCUGCGUCAAGUACUACUCCCGCACAUGCAGCAGUGGAUCUGGGAUGGUGGGCCGCCAGUUAGAGGACCUGCUGAACCGAACGUCUCCUUUCUCCAUUUGGAUCAAUGGGGAGAGGAUUGACACCCUGGAGCAGGAAGGUCAUCGUCAGAACAAAGAGUUCAGGGACUUGGAAGACAAAUACUCCGUGAUGGCUGACGGAGUGGAUGGCAUAUUUUCAGACAGUAUGAAGGUGGCUGAUCACGUGCACUACAACCCACCUAUAUUUGGACUGCCCAGUUUCUUCCCGUCUCGCUGGCGGAGAAGCAUUCACUCGCUGUUCCACGACCCUUUCCCCAGCUUCCAGGGUUUGUUCUCCAACAUGAUGAGCAUGCACAGGAACCCCUUUGGCUCCUUUGGUUCUAUGAUGGACUUUGACACAGAUGCCCCCACUAAUGAGGACGGCAGUGUCAAUGAGGACGUUGUCAUCACCAAACCUUUCGGAGACGGCAGCAUGACCUGCAGAGAGAUUCGCCGCAAUUCAGCGGGCUGCCUCAAAUUCCGCGAUGAGUGUCAGAAGUGCAAAGAAAUUGAACAUAUUGAUUGUUCUGGAAACAAGCCAUUGGAAGGCCCCCUGAAGGAAGAACUAGAAAGAGCUCUGGCUAUAGCUGAGCGUUUCACACAGCACUACAAUGCUCUCCUAAAGCGUUUUGAGGAGCAAAUGUUCAACACAUCCGCUGUCAUGGAUCUUUUCAACAGGCAGUUUGGAUGGGUAUCAUCUCUGGCAAACAACACCAAUACCAAGGAUGACUUCUUCAAAGUAGAGACGGUGGUCACCAGGGACCAAGUGGCAAAGCCUGGAGAGGAUACCAUGCAGCCAGACACCAAAGUGUCCGUCAAACUCUUCAAAUCGCCACCCAUGAACUUAAACGUACCAGGUGACAUUCCCUGGAACGACCCCAAGUUCCCUGAGGUGGUAGCUCAGGAGGCUUUGGACCGCUACAAGGAUAUCACUGUGUGA